AUGGGAACAGUUUGUACAAAAUGCUGUAAAAAGACCAACCACACUAACGAUGAUGCGCUCAGCAUUUUGUUGCUGGGCAUUGAAAGUGCAGGAAAAACGGAAAUUGCUUUCAAAAUUUGCCACCGAAAGAGGGGCGAUUUUGCACCCACCAAAGGAUGCCGCCUGUUCGAGACUGUAAUAGCCGAUACCGAUGUCAAGUUAAUCGAAAUCGGGGGUGGUUCGGACCUCCGAGAUAUUUGGAAGUAUUAUUUCUUAGAUGCUCUAGCUGUAAUUUUUGUAAUUGAUGCUUCCAACAUAAACAACAUCUGUGAGUCUUAUAAAAUUUUCCAGAACCUAAUGGCGCACGAGUUUCUCGUUGGCAAGCCGUUUCUUAUUCUAGCCAAUAAGCAGGACCUUCCCGAGUCGGUUGAUUGUAUCGACAUUUGCGAGUAUUUGGACGUCGAGUACCUUGCCAAUCGGUACAGAUGUCCCUGCUUAGUGGAGGCCAGUGGGAAUUGGGUCGAUGCUUCCCAAGAAGCCAACGAGUACGACGGAUUAAACUACGGUGUACAGUGGCUGGUGAAAACUGUGCUGACGCACCGUCAGUUUAUUACGAAUCGUAUUAAUUUCCACAAACAGAUGAUUAAUCGAAAUGUAACCGAUGGUGCCCAAAGUAUCAAAAGACCUCGCACCGGAGUAAAGUCUGGACGACGGAAACUAUCGAAGGAUAGUCGCCCAAAGACGGCACCUUCCAGCCACCAAGCAUGGCUGCGGAAGAAUGAUAACAACUACUUGACCAAACGGAACAGUGUGAUCUCCGUGAAGAGCACACCAAGUAGUACUACCACGGAACGGACAUCGACCGAACGGACGAUUAACUCUAGCUCCAAACCAACGACUGAAGGAGGUCUAUCGGUAGUGGAAGAAGCUUUAGAAGUUAGCCAUAGCAGUAGCGGCGACCGUCCACCGAUUUUCAUUAUACGAAAAGAAGAAAUGACACUAGAAGACCUGUCAUUAUCAUUCUCUGUCAAUGAGACGAAUGGAAAAGCAGUAGAAAUAAGCUAA